AUGGUUACUGAACUGAUACAGAGUUUCUCUGAGUUGGGUUUGGUGGAGCAAGGACAGACAGAGCGCGACAUUCUAGUCUCCAUGGUUGCACAGUCACCUAUUGUUGAGCGUGUUAAAGAGGCUCAGGCUACAGAUCAGCAUCUGCAGUUCUUACAUAGCAGAGUUACCUCAGGACAGCAGACAGAGUUUACCUGUGAUGAUAGUGGAAUUUUAUAUUUCCUUGGAAGGUUAUGUGUUCCCGAGUCGCACCCUGUUCUGGAGGAUUUGUUACAGAAAGCUUAUCGAUCUAGAUUUGCGAUUCAUCAAAGAGGUACUCGCAUGUAUAGGGAUCUGAAACGAUCUUACUGGUGGAAUGGCAUGAAGAAAGACAUUGCGACAUUUGUGACACAAUGUUUAAUUUGUCAGCAGGUAAAGGCGGAACAUCAGAGGCCAGCUAGUUUACUUCAGAAGAUAGAAAUACCAGAAUGGAAAUGA